AUGAACGUCGAGCACAUUGAGUACUCGUCCGCCUCGUCUGUUGGAGGCUUCAGAGCAUGGCUGGUCGUGUUCGGAGCGUGGUGCGCCUUGGUUCCGACCUGGGGGAUACUGCACACCGCUGGGGCGAUGUACUUAUGGACUAGCACGCAUCAACUGCAGCACUACGAGCCGGCGAGCUAUGGCUGGAUUUACAGCGCGUAUGGGUUCUUCGUCUAUUUUGCGGGAGCGCCGAUGGGGUUGAUCUUUGAUGCUUGGGGGCCGACUUACUUGGUCCUUUCGGGGUCAGUUGGCAUGGUACUGUCGUUGAUCUGCUUCAGUUUUAGUGAUGAGUACUAUUCGAUCUUCCUUUCCCUCAGCUUUCUAGGUGGACUAUCAGCCAGUGCGCUCACCACCCCAGCCAUGGCAACCAUAAGCCACUGGUUCGAACGUCGCCGGGCCUUUGCAACCGGUGUAGCCUGCACCGGCGGCGGACUCGGAGGCGUGAUCUUCCCCCUCAUCAUCUACUUCACCGCACCGAAGAUCGGAUUCGGGUGGUCGAUUCGCAUCAUCGCUCUCAUCAGUGCUACCUUGCUUUCCAUUGCUUGUUGCCUGAUCACGACGCAGCUACCCGCCAGGACAGACAGCUGUAGAGAACUGACCCUCAAGCCACUGAAAGACCCUCGAUUCGCCGCCACGACCGCUGCUAUCUUUCUGACCGAGUGCGCCGUCUUCAUCCCGAGCACCUAUAUCCCCUCGUACACCGUGCACGCGGGACUGAGCAACAUCAUCGCAUACCUGUUGCUCGUUUUCCUAAAUAUCGGGACCAUUCCAGGCCGACUCCUGCCGCCUCUCGCCGCCGACCGCCUCGGCCGCUUCAACACGAUGAUCAUCACGACUCUCAUCUGUGCAAUUCUAACCCUCGUCCUCUGGUACAAAGCAGGAGACAGCCUGGGAGCACUCGUGUGCUAUGCCGGCUGCUUCGGGUUCUGGUCCGGUGCCGCGCUGAGCCUGUCGCCCGUCUGCAUCUCCCAGACAUGCAGCGCCACGGAGUAUGGGAGCCGAAGUGGCAUCGCGUACAGCAUUGCCAGCAUCGGGAUGCUCUUGGGGAUCGGGUUAGCGGGGGUGAUCGAGCAGCACAGCUAUGGAGGCGUCAUUAUCUUCGCCGGGGUGUUGUUCCUUGCGGCUGCAGGGGCAUUCGUCGUUGCUCGAGGGAUUUGUCGUGGCUGGGCGUGGGGAGUCAGGUUCUGA